AUGCCUAAUCAUUUGAUAGCAUCAAAUAAAAUGUCCAGUUUACAAUUAUACAGAGUUAUACAACUUGCUGAUCAAUAUGAUAGUCAAAUCUUCUCAUUUAUUGUACCAUCACAAUUAACUAAAGGUUUUAUACAAAGUGUACAAUCUAAAGAAUUCUAUUAUGCCGGUCACUAUUGGUUUAUACGUAUGGAAUAUUAUAAGGAAACAAAUGAAUAUGGUCAUGGCAAAGAUGAUGUGCAUUUUAUACAAUAUCGUAAACAACCAUUAGGUGUUUCAAUUAAUUUAUGUAAUAUUUCAAAUGGAAUGUUAUGUCGAUUAAAAUGUGUACGAUUCACUAUUCCACAUCAAAAAUAUUAUACAUUAAAUUUAGUACAUGAAUUAGAAGAUGUACAUUUUAAAAAUUCAAAUUUAUCACAUAAAAAGUCUUCAUGGAUUGAAAAUGGUCUACUUACAAAUGAACAUUAUUUGUUUGAUGAUUCUACAUGUAUAUUAGAAGUGGAAUUGCAAGAAGCUAUUACAAUUUAUGAAGAACAACUUCGUGUACCUAGAGACUCUAAAGAAGCAUUACGUUGUAGAUCACUGGAAUCAACUACAUUUUCAUUUGCUGGAGAUGAUUGGAGUUUUAUAAUAGAUUGGAAUGAUUUACACGAUAAAUCACGAAUACAUAAUAAAAAUGACAACAGACCCAAGUGUUUUAUUCAAAGGCAUAGUACACCUAAAUACUGUUCAAGAUUAAAAUAUAUACUUCAUGUAAAUUGGCAUGAUUCAGGAAAAUCUACUUCUGGACCAUUUGAUCAUCUAGUUAGUCCAGAAAGUGGUGCUACAACAAAACCUUAUCCUCUUGGUGAAUUAAAAUGGUUCGCAAAUAGUUCUUCACCUGUUAUUACUGCAAAACAUAGAAUAAGUGUUAAAAUUGAUUUUCAUUCUGUAACUCAUAUCAGUUUAGUUAAUCUAAUACCGACAUCUCCUCAAGGUGGUAGAAAUUGUGCACAUCUUGUAGAUCCAAAUGGUAUAGAAUGGAUUUUAAUGAGUGAUAUUUUAGGAACAUUUGUUCACUUAAAAUUAUUUAUUUCACAAGAUUCUAAUACACAGUAUAAUGAAAGUGAAUUAAAUUUAGAAGUGAGAUCAACUGCAUGGUCAGUCCAACUAAUACCAUAUGAACAAACAUUAAACAUUGUCAAAUCAAUGAGUCCAUUCAAUGUUAUCUACACUUCAGUAGGUAAUACUGUUCAGACAAUGAUGAAACAAAACUUUAAAUCACAAUAUCAAGAAGUUGUUCUACCUUUAGAUGUUGAAAAGGUGUGUAGUUCAAAUUUUGGAUAUUCUCGUCCAAGUGAUAAUGCAAUUACUUUACGUAUUGAAUGGUUAUAUUCUCACAUUCUAUGUAGAGGUGAUUAUCAAAAUUACGAUGAGUUGGUUGCAAUACAACGUUAUAAUCUUUUGAGAGAUAUAAAUAAUAAGGAUCUGGCAAAUGAACGCUUAGCCAAACAAAGAACAGUUCAGUUGUCCACAUCAUCUAGAGAAAAUGAAGACAAUGAACGGAGAUUAUCAGGAUCAAAACAAUUAGCUCAUUUGAGAAAAUCAUCCGAAAUAUUAUCCCCACCUAAAUCAUAUUUUCAAGAUUCAUUUAUGAUUAAAGCAACUUCGAAACAAAGAUCAAUAUCACCAAAUAAUUCAACAUAUUCUGGAAAUUCUUUGACUAAUUCACCAAACAUCAAACAUUUCUUAACACCGUCAGUAAUUAUCAAUGAAAAUUUAAAUGCCGAUAGUAAUAAUACAGAUAAAAACUAUUUAAGUAUAAAUGAUGACUUAUCUUCAAAUCAACAUUGGCGUCGGCAUAGUUCAUGUCUAGAAGAUGUUGGGACAUCCAAACCAAGACAACGCAGACAAUUACCCUCUCCUCCAUCAUCAUCCUUAAAAACAAUAGGAGUUAUUCUACCAAGAGAUGCCAGUACCACUUCAUCAACUGUUCAUCUUAAUGCAACACGAGAGAGUAACAACAAUAGUCCCCGUUUAUCACUGAAGCAAGAGCACCUGGAUUUUGGUUAUUUUAACUAAGAUUUUACGUUUUAUGUGUGCGAUUUUGCUGCUUUUGUUUGGUUUCCUUAGAGUUUAAAUUAUUUCCAUGAUUUCUGUUUAAAGCUUUUGUGUUUAAUUUGACAAAAAAUUUCUCAUUUUCAUUAUUUGCAGAGAAUGAAAAAACAAGCCAAUCAUUUAUUCUUGAUUAUUUUUAUCAAUAGAGUUAAAAAGAAAAAAUAGCAUCGUUAUACUCCUAUAAGUUGCCUGUAAAUUUUGUGUUCAUUUAUUUCUCAAUUGUCCUUAGCUUAUUUGUAACUUCAUAUUAUCUGUGAUCAUGAAACAAAAAAGCUACCAAAGAAUGUUUGUUUAAGUGUGAGUGUGUGUCUACGGCUUUAUUUUUGAAUGACGUGCUAUUGUUACUAUUUGUGCAAAACAGACAGCAAGCAAUAACGAUUGGACCUCGUUUUUACUUAUCAAGGUUUUAUUUUAUCGUGGACUCGUGAAAUGUACAUGUUUUGCUUAGAAAAUCAAUGUUUUUU